AUGUCUUCAGUGGCAUAUAACGCUAGCUGCACAAACCCCAACCAGGAAGCCGGCCGUUGCGUGCAUGUUCGAGAGUGUAAAAUAGUGCUCGCCGCCCUGCGAAAGGAAAUUCUCACCGAUGUCGAUAUCGCGUUCCUCUACCAGAGCGAAUGUGGCAAACUGGAGCGGAAAACACUAGUCUGCUGUCCGAAUUACUCCAUUACCCAUCAGCAACCCGAAUAUGGUCAUCCGGCUAGGCCCAUAGGAAGCCAUGGGUCUUUUGGACAUGGCAAUAACGAACAUGGCUUUCACGGUAAUCACGGAAAUCACGGGAAUCACGGGAAUCACGGCAGUCACGGCAAUCACUGGAAUUAUGGCAAUCCUGGCGACCAACAACCGAACACUGGUGGCAACAGUGGGGAUAAGUUGGAUCAGUGGAAGCUACUGCCCCAGCCUGGGGAGUGUGGCACUCAGCCAAGUUAUCAGUUUUUCGGGGAGAAUGUGACGAAAAUUGACGAACAGCCAUUGACGGCUUUGGUUCAUCUAGGCAAUAUGCCGUAUGAAACUACAUUCAAAUGUGGAGGAGUACUUAUCAGUUCUCGUUAUGUUCUAACGGCUGCCCACUGCGUAGUUGAUUCGAAUGAAUGGAGCAAUCUGACCAUUCGUUUGGGUGAGUGGGAUACCGAGUCCACGGUCGAUUGCGUUUCGAUCGAGGAUUUCAGUGAGUUUUACUGCGCAGAUCCGGCAAUAGACGUGUCAGUGGAGAAAGUCAUCAUUCACGAGCAAUACUCCAGCCAGCAUCGACCACAACUCAAUGACAUCGCAUUGCUGCGGCUGGUUAAGCCGGUCGAAAUUAGCACAUGGAUUAGACCUAUCUGCUUGCCAGAGCGCCCUGUUUUGGCGAAGGAUGCCGAGCAGAUCUUCACACUAGCUGGUUGGGGGAACAACGGAUGUGUUGAGUAACACUAGUCGCUACAAGGUUCGCUCCAAAUUGAAUGCUUUGAGUCAGGAUCAGUGCAAGGCAAAUCUACCGGCGGGAUUCCGCAAGGCCUAUGACUUCCUGUGCACAGUUACUGUCAACGAUGGCGAAAAGUGUCAUGCCGAUUCGGGUGGAGCGUUGACCAGCACAAGACAUGUUUCGGGCAUUGGAGUGGUCCACGAAGUCGCGGGAAUACUGAAUCACAUGAAGGAAUGCGACGCUGGUAGGUCGACGGCCAUAUUCGCCAACGUUGGGCGUUAUGUUGAAUGGAUCGUCAGCAAACUGCAGGAGUGAAUGAAUAAUAAAUUAAAACUGUCACAAUGACCUGGUCUUUUCGUUCAUUAGUUGCUUCGAAGCGAUAGUGUGCAUUUGUGAAUUAUUGAUCAUUAUUAUUUCGUGCAGAAGAAGAGUGAGGAAAUGUGUUGGACGGUAGUUUAAUCGUUGACCGUCGUUAUUUAUUCAGGCAUGAAAUCCGUUCAAUGGCACACACAGCGAGUGCUAGCAAAUUGUGAAGCUCUGUAUUGAGGAAUAAUCUAUUAUUUGCCUC